AUGUUUUUACGCGAACCUCACGUGCCAUUCAUCAGUCAAUCGUGCGUCUUCGACUGGGAGCGAGACCGUUUAGAAGCUGCACACCGUGUUCAACUAUUUCCACCUCCAGUAACUUCUUUACGUGGACCACAAUUGUACGGUUCACCGUCCAGUCUAGCAGAGUCAAUUCAUUGCCCAGCAUUGAUCUCUCGACCGGAUCUUCAUCGAGAUCAAGUCGCGACAAACUAUCGACUCAUGCGACCAAUGCCUUCGUCCUACCAUUGUCUUUUAGAUCCAGCGCGUCGACUCAAGGAUAGACAACGCGAUGAAGAGUGCGGUGGCACAACCAUGCGUUUUGAUGAAGAUACAUCAAACUAUAAUAAUUCAUUCCAUACGAAACAGCCUGAUUUCACUUGGUAUCAUAAUAAUGAAACGGAAAUCGGCAAGACACUGCCAGAAAAUUAUUGGAAUCGACACAAAUUAGCAGGGACAUCAUAUUCCGGUUAUCUUGUACCUACAAUACUCUAG